AUUUUUUACCUUGAUAUUCUUUAAAGGGUGCUCUCAGUUUCCUGUCCCGAGUUUCCUUUGCUUCUUAAUACUCGUCAAUUUUUCGAAAACAAGUCAGAAUCCUUGAUCCACGACCUGCCCUGGUUACGGAUACUGAUCCACAAGAGCCAGAAGAAAACAUCUCCAGUCUUUGUAGUUUCAUCAUGGCAGACUUUGCAUCGGUACUACGAUUACUUGCAGAGUCAAAUGCCAAACUAGCAGAGGAACGUAGCCUACGUGAGGCCGCCGAGGCAAAAUCAGAUGCGAAACUAGAAGAGGAACGUCGACGACAUGAGGUCGCGGAGGCAGAUGCAAAAGCCAAACUAGAAGAGGAACGUCGACGACGUGAGGUGGCCGAGGCAGAUGCAAAAGCCAAACUAGAAGAGGAACGUCGACGACGUGAGGUGGCCGAGGCAGAUGCAAAAGCCAAACUAGAAGAGGAACGUCGACGACGUGAGGUGGCCGAGGCAGAUGCAAAAGCCAAACUAGAAGAGGAACGUCGACGACGUGAGGUGGCCGAGGCAGAUGCAAAAGCCAAACUAGAAGAGGAACGUCGACGAUCUGAAAAGAAAAACCUUAUCGAAUAUCUCGAAGCUUGUCAUGAUCUUUCAUCUUCUAUUAAAAUCAUCAAGGGCAAGACACAAACGACACAAGGCGAUACCACGAAGCCCUUCGGUCGGCCAUUUCCGCAACGUAUUGUGCCAUGGGACGACUUUCCAAAGCUACAAGAGGACAUCUGGGAGAAACUUUCAUCUAGUGCUCACUUCCAUUCGAAGCGCAUUUUUCCAUCUUCUGAUCAACUAGAUCUUAUUCGGAGCGACCUCGAUCCAAUCAGUUCGGAGAUUGGUCUUCGGUCCUUUGCUUGCGACACGGUUGAAAGACCAGUGCGCAGGUUGAUCCAAGAGGUAUACAAAGAUGUGCAGUUGCGGGAGCAGCUUCAGCUCCAUGGGACAAUGAUUUUUGAAAGUCAUACAAAUCUAGGAGAGGACAGCGAAGGAUCGAUAGAGGAGUCAAUGGAAAACCUUUCCAUAACUCAAACGACUAUGCCAAAGAACGGGAGGAGGAAAGCAGAGAAAGCCACACCACAAAAAAAGCGAGCUCCGACCAGAAGAGCAGGCAUUGCAGAUCAAUUCUGCAUAUACGAACAGGCAAAUACCAAGAAAACUCCAAUUGUGUCGAUUGAAUACAAAGCACCGCACAAGUUUCCUUUGGAAGUUAUCGUAGCCGGACUUAAAGGGGAAAUCCGACCAGCAGAGGAAGUGAUUAACAAGGAAGGUGACGGUUUCGGCUUCACAAGUAAAUACUUAGUCGUUGCUGUGAUUACUCAAUUGUUCUCGUACAUGAUUGAUAAGUGCAUUCGGUAUGGAUAUGUCUUUGUUGGGGAUGCCACAAUUUUCCUCCACAUUUCAGAUGACCCUUCUACAGUCUAUUACUAUCUUUCUGUUCCGUCGCAGGAUUUCCAAGAGGAUGAUGAGAAUAGGCUUCAUCGGACAACUGUUGCUCAGGUUUUUGCCUUUACCCUAGGCUCACUAGCUGCUGAGGCGCCUGGGCAGGCAUGGAAUGAUGCAGCUGCAGCUUUGGAGACGUGGGAUAUCGAAUACAUCAAUAUUCUAGACAAAAUUCCUCCGACGGAACAGAAAAAAGGGCGCGAUUCUCCGGCAUUUCGCGCCGUCAGAUGGAAAAACUUUGGUCGUUCGCCAAUUCGAACACGAUCUACACGCCAGACGUGCAGACUUCCCGAGAAUGAUCGUAUGCGCGAUGACGGUGACCAAAGUGAUGAAGGCGAUGAUGGUACUCCGCCCACUCCAACUCCUACCCGGAUUCUUCAGACCAAAGGCCAACAACCAGGCUCGACAGCAAUGAGCAGCUCAAGCAAAAAGGGUGCAAGUAAGGAGAAUGCAGGAGUGAAACCAAAACCACGAAUCGAGGAUAGACCGUAUUGCACGCAUCAAUGUUUGCUCGGUUUGGCUUAUGGCGGCAGUAUGGACCAGCAAUGUCCUAACCUCGGAGAUCAUAAGAAGAAGCAUAUAAGCCGAGCCAGAUUCCUGCGGCUUAUCCGGGACCAGCUUGCUACUGAUCGGGGGAGCGAUGCAGACUGCAAACCACUUUACAUCAAAGGGUCAAGAGGGGCUAUGUUCAAGGUCAGGCUAUCCUCUCAUGGGUAUACCCUGGUUGCGAAAGGGAUGCAAGAAUACCAUCGAGACCACCUUCUCCAGGAGAGCAAAGUAUAUGAACGACUCCGUCCUAUGCAAGGUUGUCACAUUCCUGUCUGCCUAGGCAUGAUCGAGCCUAAGCUUCCGUAUUACUUCGACUGUGGUGUCUAUGUUACUCUGCUCUUCCUCAGCUGGGCAGGUCAGCCAAUUUUCAAUUAUCUCACGCCCAACAACGAGGUACAAAUUCUUGAACAGGCAACAUCGGCUCUCAAAGCGAUGCAUCGACUAGAGGUGCUUCAUACGGACGCCGAGCUGAGAAACAUGGUAUGGGAUGAGAAGCGUAAAACUCUUAUGCUUAUUGAUUUUGAGCGAGCGCAGAUUCGAACAAGAUUGCCUUUGGGCACUCUCACACUGAACCGGAAAAGGGACCAGCAAGGAAAGAUGAAGAACACAGCAAAAGAUGAUUUUGCCAGAGAGAUUGGGAUCGCUACAGGGUUCAUUCGACACAACAUACAAGAUACCCUCCUCGAAACAUUGGCCGUUGGAAGGAGUUGACCAUAACGACAUAAGGCUCAGCUUCAAUAAAAUCUAAAUCAAUUUUGCGACUAGGUCUUGGUUUGGCAUCUUUUGGGAACAUGUUUACUAGUAGCGUAUAACAUAGUUGCUACAAGUUUUUUUAAUGUAAAUAAUUUCCUCUUCAAAGCAAUCAAAGAUUUACUUACCGUAUUUUCUUCUGCAAGGUGGCUGUAAUCCAUCAAUAGUAGAACCAUAAGUGGUAUAAAGCCCUGAUCUGUAGAAUCAAUGCUACAUUGAUCUCACCAAACUGCGAUAUUU